AUGAAGCUUCUUGGUCUUGUGGAGCAUGAAGAGAUAGAAACUGAUGAUUGCAGCGUUUCAUCGGAUGACAAAAGCCAAGAUUUUAACACUGGUUCUGAUACCUUUAGCAACAAAGGGAAGAAGUCAUCUGGCAGUCAACAGCAGGAUCACUAUGCAUUACUUGGGUUGGGACACUUGAGGUUCUUGGCCACUGAAGAUCAGAUUCGGAAAAAUCGUGCCCCACAAGACUUCUUCAAGGUUUUCGCCCACCUUCAUGAGAAAUGGACGCUAGUCUGCUGCUCACCUAUUCCUUCUCUUGGAGAUGACACUACUCCUGUAGAGGAGGUUGAUAAGUUCUACAAUUUCUGCAAAGGUGAAUCUCGUGAACAUAAGAGAUGGAUGGAGAGGCGUAAUGCAAAGCUACAAGAGAAGGCCAAAAAGGCGGAAUAUCUGCGUGAAAAGCGCACACUUGUAGACACAAUGCUUAUAAGAAAGACCCAAGGAUCCAGAGGAGGAAAGAGAGGAGAGAAAGCCGAGAAACAGAGAAAGAAAGGAGGUUGUAGAAAGCCACUUUGGUCUGUCGAGGCAAAUGUUGAAUCAACAUGUGCUUCACUUGAUAUGGAACAACUAAAGAAGCUCUGUGAUGGAAUGGAUGAGAGACCAUGGGGAAAGGAACAGAUUGAGAUGCUUAGGAAAGCAAUCCAAAAGUAUCCUAAGGGAACUUCGAGGAUAUGGGAGGUUGUUUCUGAAUUUAUUGGGACUAGCAGAUCGGUUGAGGAUAUUCUCAAGGCCAUGAAGAAUGUUCUUCUGCAGAAGCCAGACUCAUCGAAAGCUUUCGACUCUUUCCUUGAGAAGUGCAAACUGGCCCAAUCUAUUGCUUCGCCUCUUUUGACCCGAGAUGAAAUUAGUUCCUCAACUGAGGGAUCUGGGACUGCAUCGUCAAAGUCUGCGGCACAACCUGUGAGUAGCCAAACAGCCAAUGGGAAAGCUGUUGCUGAUCCUAUCCCAGAUGGAGCACUAUCCGUGUUAGAUCCAGAUGCCUGGACAUAG